AUGGAGGAGAAAUCAGGAAUGUUGUCAAAACUGAAGCAGGCAUCGUCUGCUGAAGAAGAACUGAAGAUUCUGCAGGCUGUCCAAGACAGGCUCCUCCCCAGUCUGACUGAGCCUCUCAUCUCCGAUCUAGAUGCCGAUGUCUGUGAGAAACAAUUUCUAGAAUCGGGAUUCCUUGAGGAUGAUACUCCAUUUCCAGGUCACAGUCCAGAAAUGUUAUAUUCCAAACAAAAUGACUUGAAUGAUUUUACAUACUACCUCUUGAAUCGGAGGUAUGGUUGGUCAGAGCUGGAAGGGAAGCCUGGGAGCAAAGCCAGAGCGCGGCCUGCGAAGGCAAGUGUCAUGGCAGGAGAAGUGAGGCACAAGGCAUUACUGAAUGACCUCUUGGAUGACUUUAUCAAAUGGUACAUGUGCCAGAAGAUGACAAAAGCUUUGCUGGAAAGUUUGAUGUACAGUAUACAACAAGCUACCAAUAAGCCUGUAGUCCGUAACCAAACUAUAAUCCAUGCCAUGAAUUGGAUCAAGUUGAACCUUGAUAACUUGGAAGAGGAACACUUCACUCUAGUCAAGGACAUCAUCCUACUAGGAUUAACAGAUGUUUGGUCAGCUAUCAGGAAUGCCUGUGUGGCUCGACUGAGUGGGAUCAUAGAACAUAUCACUCUGGACCAGCUCCAGUCCUUCUUCAGCAAUUUAGCCGCUAUUUGUAAAGGAGAGGAUUCCUCAUGGCAAGCAAAAGAAGGGGCCGUUAUGGGUAUCAAUAUAGUCGUGAGACGGUUUCAGUGGAUUGGGUUUGACAUAGAGAACAGCUCGCCACGUGACACAAAGAGUACUAGAACAGAGUAUUAUCUCAAGUUUGGAAAAGAAGAGAUGUCCGAGAUGCCAGUAUUUAUCACGAGUCAGAUGCACACAGUGAUCUUCCCACUGCUGGCCCAUCCACAGCUCAGUAUCAGAGAGAAUGCCACCAAAGCCUUCUCAUCUUUCUUAUCAAGAUGUGAAUUUAAGGAAGCUUUGAUGGCUUUCCGAGAUCUUAUCAAGCAACUGUGCCAGGGAAUUAAUCUCCCCAGUUAUGAAACGGCAAACGGAAACUUGCCUCUUCCUCAUGCAACAGUAUUAGGUUCUGGGUUCAGAUUCAUGGACGCAUAUGCUGCAGAAGGUUUGCUGGGCGUCUGUGUGUUCUUAGUGAAGCACAUCCCUCCUGGGUUCCUGCUCCCAAACUGGCCCCUGUAUUUCUCUACAUUCAGCCUGUACCUCAUGCACCCUGCCUCCACAGUGAGACAGGCAACCAGCACAAUAUUCAAGUACCUCGUUGCCAAAGAUAGCAGUAACCCCACUCUCCUAAAGCUGGUAUUACAAAACUUGAGCACUGACUGGAAAGUCAACAUGGACCUCUUACUCCAGCCCUGCAACCUUCAGCAUUUCUGCCACUUUAAACCUCUCAAAACACGGGGAGAAAGAAAGGACAGCGGAGGUAGCCCAAGGUCCUAUGACAGCCAUCCCUCAUUAGGUCCGUCAAGGACUAGAUCCUACUCCUGGACGUGCCCUAGAGGGCGGAGAAAAAGCAUCACAAAGUUAGACGAAACUGCAAGUAAGUCAACAUCCACCUUGGAUGAAAUUAAUAAUCUAUCCAGAUUUCUCUAUAAUGAUUGAAUCAUCAGCUCUUUUGUAUAAAUCAGAAUUGACAAAAACCAAAGAUUAAGUCAAUAUUAAACUAAGCCA